CUUCCAUUCCAUGUCCCACUCGUUUGGUGGUACGCCAAAAUCUUCAAAAUAUUUCAGGUGACACUCAGUUGUUAGUAGUUUGGGAACCCCUGCUUUAGAUUGUGAUUAGCAUUUUAAUUCAGAAUGCUUAAGUAUUAUUUUAUAGCGUUGUAUGUCUCGCUAUAUUUUAGUGUUGGAUGUUGUGCAGCUUUAACCUAUCGGCUCAAUCCAUCAAAAGCUGUACCUAGAACCUAUGAAAUCGUAAUCAAGCCUGACUUAGAUAAUGAUGUAUUUCAUGGACAAGUCAUCAUUUAUGUAGUGACUAAAGAAAGUUUAAAUGGUAUUACAUUACAUAGCGAUGAACUAAAUAUAACUGAUGUUUAUAUUAACCAAAUAAAAGGUCGUUAUGUAGAAGAAACAGAAGGAAGAAUAACAGUCAAAUAUAAUAAUGGUUCUAUACAACCGGGAGAGCACACACUUUUGUUUAAGUAUUCUGGAAACUUUCAGAUAGAUAGCUCACGUCAAUCACGUGGCCUAGUAAAAGCUUUAUAUGAUUACAACGGCACUGAAAAAUAUGUUUAUGUCACGGAUUUGGAACCGAACUGGGCCAGAAAAGUAUUUCCCUGCUUUGACGAACCUCAAUUUAAAGCUAAGUACCAUAUUAAGCUGGUAUCACCAAACGAAACUUAUGUGGCCAUUUCAAAUAUGCCUGAAAUUACUAAAUUCCGCACCUCCUAUGGAAUUGUUCAUGAAUUUGCAGCCUCGGUUCCGAUGUCAACAUACCUGGUAUCUUUUGCUUUUACUAAUUUUCCUUACUACAGUGAAACUUUCGAAGAUAAAGGAAGACAGAUCCCAAUAAGAAUAUUUACGGUCAACGCAAGUAAAGAAAAUAACGAGUUUGCUAUGCAAUGUGCCAAAACUGCAUUUUUAUUUUAUUCGAAUUAUACGGACAUUAGCUAUCCACUACCAAAAUUAGAUAUGAUUGAAUACCAACGAGUGGGAACUUCAGCUACCGAAAAUUGGGGGUUAAUUACUUUUAGGCAGGGUCUACUUACUGCGCCGUUAGAAAUAUACAACGAAUUUCAGAUAAAACUGGUGAUGUUCCACGAAUUAAGUCAUUUUUGGUUUGGGAAUUUGGUAACAAACGCGUGGUGGAAUGAUAUCUGGCUACAAGAAGGAUUUGCAAGUUAUAUGUCCUAUAAAUUAUCAGCACAUGUUAAUAACGAAACGCAGCUUGGUGAAAUGAAAGCUUUUCAAUUUACCGAUUUUUUUGAAAAAGAAAUCUAUAAAAAAAGCCAGCCAAUCGUUCAAUAUUUACCAGACUCGAGUAAAAUUGAUGACGUUUUUCUCGGUCUUGUAUACGAAAAGGCUUCGGCAAUUCUUUUAAUGUUAGAGGACCAAGUUGGUCAGGAAAAAUUCAGAGAAAUAAUCAAGAAGUUUUUAAACAAAUACGCCUAUCAUACAGCUACUACCAAUGACUUUAUUACAGUCGUAGAAGAAGUAGUUCCAGAUAUACCUCUAAGAACAUUUUUGGAGAGUUAUUUGUACCAACAUAAAUUUCCAGUUCUCAACGUCGAUAUUGUAGAUAGCACGACGUAUGUUAUAACACAACAAGUUUGCGAGACGUUUCAUCAAGAAAACAUUAGUGCUACUAAAUGGACGAUUCCUAUUAGUUACCGAGCUGAUUAUUCUAAUGAUUCAAAACAUAUAUGGUUUCAUAGAGAAAUGGAUGAAUUAAGACUUGAGGAAUCUAAUGCGAAAUGGAUCAUUUUUAAUCCUGAGGGGAACCAAAUGUAUAAAACUAUAUGGUCAACUAAUCUAUGGAACAAAAUCAUCAGCAACAUUGAAUUUAUGGAUUAUUCUACCACAGACACGGUUAUUUCGGACGCCCUUUAUUCAUUCCAAUUCAAUAAAAUCAAAUGUGAAACAGUAAUACACCUGAUGAAACGGUUCGGAACAGGACACAAGGAAAGAUGGGAACUUUUCUUCCCAUUAUACGAUCAUCUUAAAGAAAACCUCUUCUGUCAUAAAUAUACUGAAGAAUCGAAACUUUUGUGGAAAUUCCAAAACAAAAGAUAUGCUGAAACAAAUCAUAAACAAAUGCCCAAAUUUAGAGAACCUGAAUCGUGCGAUGACAAAUCCAUAAUUCAAAAUGAAGUCUACCGAAACAAUUUAGGCGAGUGUGCUACAUGGAUUAGAAAAAACCUAAAAGAAUAAGAUCCGAACGUAAUCAAGACAAGUCUUUGACAUUUGUAUUGAAAAGUGUUUGUAUAUUUAAUAAAAAUAAAUAAAAAGCUUCUGGUGUUUAUAGUA